AAGACUUGAGGAGCUGUCAGUUGUGGAAUAGAGGAGAGCUGCUCAGCAGAGGGAAAGGAACUGUGAGAAUUCGGCUCCUCUUGGCAUUGGAGUUCUGGAUUUACCCAUGACUAAGAUUCCUUUGAAACUCUGACCCAGUGCAGCAUUGCAAAGAAUCGAUUUCUGAGAUGAGACAAUGAGAUGUGGUUUGCAUUUUGUAAAGAUGGAGGAAACCUCUAACACUGACCCUGUAUGGGAGAUGACUCAAUUAUCCAUGCCUUGGUACAGUUGCAAAUUAUUCUCCUUUGUCUGAAGUGGGUGGAUGCCAGCGCCUUCAUCAGAGCUCCUUAAUUUAAUGUAUGGAAAAUGUCUCAGCCACCAUUUUUAACAAUUAGCUGUAUCAUGGUCGAGGUGAGCUGGAUUCUGAAGGCAGCUGCAAGGCCAUUUCAUUUACAUUAGGUUCUAUGGCACAGAAGCUUUGUUACUGUAAAACUAAGAAAAUGAAUUUGCACAUUGUAUAGAAGAGUUCUUUAGGAAGGUGGAGAAUAUUCCCAUAAAGAAAAUGGAAUUCUUUUGUCUACAGGCUUCCUGAAGAAUGAGAAGGACAAUGCCCUGCUGUCUGCCAUUGAAGAGUCCCGGAAGAGGACCUUCGGCAUGGCUGAGGAGUACCAUCGAGAGUCAAUGUUGGUCGAGUGGGAGCAAGUGAAACAGCGAAUUCUGCACACACUGCUGGCGUCAGGAGAAGACGCCCUCGACUUUACUCAAGAAAGCGAGCCAAGCUACAUCAGUGACGUGGGACCCCCUGGUCGAAGCUCUCUGGAUAGCAUUGAGAUGGCCUAUGCGCGGCAGAUUUAUAUCUAUAAUGAGAAAAUUGUAAACGGACACCUGCAGCCUAACCUGGUGGACCUUUGUUCUUCCGUCGCAGAGCUGGAUGAUAAGAGCAUUUCUGACAUGUGGACCAUGGUAAAACAAAUGACAGACGUGUUGUUGACACCGGCAACUGAUGCCCUGAAGAACCGCAGCAGCGUGGAAGUGCGCAUGGAGUUUGUCAGGCAGGCCUUGGCGUACCUUGAGCAGAGUUAUAAGAAUUACACCCUUGUGACUGUCUUUGGAAAUCUGCAUCAGGCCCAGCUGGGCGGGGUGCCUGGGACUUACCAAUUGGUUCGAAGUUUCCUGAACAUUAAACUUCCAGCUCCCUUGCCUGGACUACAGGAUGGAGAGGUAGAAGGCCAUCCUGUGUGGGCACUAAUUUACUACUGCAUGCGCUGUGGAGACCUGCUUGCCGCUUCACAGGUAGUUAAUCGAGCCCAGCACCAGCUGGGAGAGUUUAAAACCUGGUUCCAGGAGUACAUGAACAGCAAGGACAGAAGAUUGUCCCCAGCUACAGAAAACAAGCUCCGGCUGCAUUACCGCAGAGCCCUCAGGAACAAUACAGAUCCCUACAAGCGGGCCGUGUACUGUAUCAUUGGCAGAUGUGAUGUCACCGACAACCAGAGUGAAGUGGCAGACAAAACUGAGGAUUACCUGUGGCUGAAGUUGAACCAAGUGUGUUUUGACGACGAUGGCACCAGUUCCCCACAAGACAGGCUGACUCUCUCACAGUUCCAGAAACAGUUGUUGGAAGACUACGGCGAGUCCCACUUUACGGUGAACCAGCAACCCUUCCUCUACUUCCAAGUCCUGUUCCUGACAGCGCAGUUUGAAGCAGCAAUUGCCUUUCUUUUCCGCAUGGAGCGGCUGCGCUGCCAUGCUGUCCAUGUAGCACUGGUGCUGUUUGAGCUGAAGUUGCUUUUAAAGUCCUCCGGACAGAGUGCUCAACUCCUCAGCCACGAGCCUGGUGACCCUCCUUGCAUGCGGCGGCUGAACUUUGUACGACUCCUCAUGCUGUACACCCGGAAGUUUGAGUCCACGGACCCAAGGGAGGCCCUCCAGUACUUCUAUUUCCUCAGGGAUGAGAAAGAUAGUCAAGGAGAAAACAUGUUUCUGCGCUGUGUGAGUGAGCUUGUGAUUGAAAGCCGAGAGUUCGAUAUGAUUCUUGGGAAACUAGAGAAUGACGGUAGUAGAAAGCCUGGAGUCAUAGAUAAGUUUACUAGUGACACAAAGCCUAUUAUCAACAAAGUUGCUUCCGUGGCAGAAAAUAAAGGACUGUUUGAAGAGGCAGCAAAGCUGUAUGACCUUGCCAAGAAUGCUGACAAGGUACUGGAACUGAUGAACAAACUGCUGAGCCCUGUCGUCCCUCAGAUCAGUGCCCCGCAGUCCAACAAGGAGAGGCUGAAGAACAUGGCACUCUCCAUUGCCGAACGGUAUAGGGCUCAAGGAAUAAGCGCAAAUAAAUUUGUGGACUCCACGUUCUAUCUUCUUUUGGACUUGAUCACCUUUUUUGACGAGUAUCAUAGUGGUCAUAUUGAUAGAGCUUUUGAUAUAAUUGAGCGCUUGAAGCUGGUGCCCCUGAAUCAGGAAAGUGUGGAAGAGAGAGUGGCUGCCUUCAGAAAUUUCAGUGAUGAAAUCAGGCACAACCUCUCAGAAGUGCUUCUUGCCACCAUGAACAUCUUGUUCACACAGUUUAAGAGGCUCAAGGGGACAAGUCCAUCCUCAUCAUCCAGGCCCCAGAGAGUCAUCGAGGACCGCGACUCUCAACUCCGAAGUCAAGCCCGAACUCUGAUUACCUUUGCUGGAAUGAUACCCUACCGAACGUCUGGGGACACCAAUGCGAGGCUGGUGCAGAUGGAGGUCCUCAUGAAUUAAGUGCCAUGCUUUGGGGACAUCUGGGUCGGCACACUGUCAGUACAUCAGGCACAUGGGCCCACUAGGGUGGGGUUUCUGGUUUUGUUUCUGUUGUGUUUUGUUUUGGUUUCUGUAUUAUGUAUUUUUGUCAACACCAAUAAAUUUCUUUGAUUUGUAUUUCUUUUCAA